CCGGGGCUGCCGUCCCUCCCAUCGGGGCGGGGACGGGCCGCGUAGAUACCGGGAAAGCUCCUGCCCAAGUUUCGAUUGUGGUAGCAGCAGCCGCGGCCAUGGCGGAGUCGGGAUUGUCAGUGCUGGAGGAAGAACUGACCUGCUCCAUCUGCCUCUGCCUCUUCAGCAGCCCCGUGACCGUGCCCUGCGGGCACAACUUCUGCGCCUCCUGCCUGCAGCGCUUUUGGGCCGGGGUAUCGGAGAACUUCAGCUGCCCGCAGUGCCGGGCUACUUUCAUGGGCCGCCCGCAGCUGCAGAAGAACACGGUGCUGUGCCGGCUGGUGCAGCAGCUCCAGGGCUGCACCGAGGCCGAGGAAGAGAAGGAGGAGGAGAAGGAGAAGGAAGAGGGCCCUGUGCUCUGCGACACCUGCCUGCAGGCACCCGCCGUGCGGACCUGCCUCACCUGCACCGCGUCCUUCUGCGAAGAGCAUCUGCGGCCGCACCAGGAGAGCCGGGCCUUCCGCGACCACCAGCUCUGCCCGCCGCUGCGCGACCUGCAGCAGCGCAAGUGCCCGCAGCACAACAAGCUCUUCGAGUUCUUCUGCAGCCAGCACGGCAGCUGCAUCUGCUCCCUCUGCCUCCUCGGACACAAGUUGUGCAACACCAGCCCCCUGGAGCUGGCCAAAGCCAGUGCCGAGGCGGCACUGAAGAAGAGACUCACAGAGCUGUAUAAUCAGAAUGAAAAAGCUACUCGGGCAAUGAACACUUUGAGAAUGAACCAAGGCCAAGCUGCUGAGACAAUUUCCAAACAGAAGGAUAUGAUCCUAAGUAAGUUUUCAGAAAUUAAAGCUUUAAUUGAAGAAAGAGAAAUUCAGAUCUUGAAAGCAGUUGCAGAUGAAGAAAACAGAGUUUCAAGUAAGUUUGAAUAUAUUUAUGGCAUUCUGGGAAGUAAGAAGAAUGAAAUCCAGACUCUCUCUGAUCAGAUUGAGAUGGCACUGACUGAAGUUGAUGACCUUCUGUUUUUGAAGAGAGCAACAGCACUACAAAAAACAUCAAUAAAAGAUGCUUUUGUUCCUGUGGUUGAAAUAGACCAAAACAUGAUACAUUCCUCUUACCAGUCCGCCGUUAACCUUAAAGACACUGUGAAACUUUCAAUGAUGCCAUCUGAAGAGAAAAAUGUGGAAGCAGGAGUAACACCUGGAAAAACUAAGGCCCCUCCUGGGGCUCCUCGAAACAAAAACGUAAAAAAGCCUGCAGGACCGCAGGAGAAAAAGAAACCUGCUAAAACUGCACCAGCCACGGGAACACCAACUGCUGCAGCUGCCGUCCAAGUUAAAGAGCUUCUUGACAUCUUCCUGAAGAAAUCCAGAGAGGAGCUUUUGCAGUAUGCUGCUAACAUCACGCUGGAUUACAACACAGCUCAUAACAAAGUGAUUCUGUCUGACAGACACACCAAGAUGUCUGUCUCAGACACCCCCAUGAAGUAUAACCAGCUCCCUCAGCGCUUCACUGAUUGUUACCAAGUGCUGGGGUUCCAGUCCUUCAAGAGAGGCGUCCACUACUGGGAAGUGGAAAUGCAACAGAACAACUUCUGUGGCAUUGGCAUCUGCUAUGGCAGCAUGGAGCGGAACGGGCCGGAGAGCCGCCUGGGCCGGAACAGCCAUUCUUGGUGUAUUGAGUGGUUUAAUAACAAAAUAUCAUCCUGGCAUAAUGAUGUUGAAAAGUGCUUACCCAAUACAAAGGCUACCAAGAUUGGUGUGCUGCUCCACUGCGAGGCAGGGUUUGUGAUUUUCUUGGCUGUGGGGGAGAAGCAUAACUUGAUCUAUAAAUACAAAACCGAGUUUACUGAAGCCCUGUACCCUGCCUUCUGGUUAUUUUCCAGUGGCACUGUUCUGACUCUCUGCCAACUAAAAGAGUAAGGUCUCAUAUCUUAAUUAAGUUUGCCUAAGUACUUCCAUGCAGAUAAUCAGGCCUGUAGCAGCUCUUUGUGUAUCUCAGUCUAAGGAAUGAAAAUUAUUAGGUCUUUUAAGCAGUUUGGGAAAUCUGCUGAUUCUUUGGUCUAAAUUGCUGAAGUAGUUAGAUAGUGAUAUAGUAAAAUGAUGAUAGUAAAAACUGGGAUGAAAGGUUUUGAAAAGACCUUGAUUGUCCUUCUAAAAAGAUAUAAAUUGUUGUUAAAUGUCUUCAGUAGCUGCUGUGACUUUUGUGGCUUGUUGUAAAGGAUCCCCAGAAUUAGUUUUCAGAUCUAAAUGUGUUUCACAGGUAGCAAUAACCCCUUUGAGAAAGAAACAGGAAGAAUUCCUUGACAAAUUCAGGUUCCAAGCUUUGAGGCAGAUCUCAGUGUUGCCUUUUUCUCUGUCCUCAGACUGUUGCCCAUAGUCAGGAUUUGCAAUACACAUGUUCUGGUGUAUGAAUCCAUGAGAUGGCACAGGCUGAGCUGUUAAGUAAGUUACGGUUUUAUGACACUAAGUUAUAAAAUCUCAUCAGAAUGGAAAUGCAGAGAUUCUAGAGUUGACAGGGAAGAAAUCGUGUCAGAAUCACCAGGAAGUACCAUCAGCAUCAACUCUGAGACUGGGAAUAUGCCAGAGAAUCUUCAGGAAGACAUCCUGCAGAGCAGUAGCCUGUGCCCUGUGAUAAUGCAGUUUGUGGGUUGAAGCAUUCUGUCUCAUGUUCUGAGCCAGCACAUGCUUCAGAUCUUCACACUGAAGGCUCUUCAAUUCUGUUUUUUUUUUGUGUGCUGAGGAGUUCAGGGAGAGCAUUUUUGGCUUGCAUAGGGAGCACAAAUGUGCUGUUCACUUAAAGCAGGGUCUCCUGUGUGUCUUUCCUCUUUUGUGAGGUGGGAUAUUCUCUGCUGGUGUAUCUUCAGUUGUUCAUACGGUAGAAACUGGAUUUUCUACAUGUUAUUGGGACUCUGACUGGAGGAGCCUCAAGACAGUGUGCACACUACCUAGAAAAUGCUGCUUCUUCUCUGCAUGAAGCCUAUGGGCAGAUAAGUGGGUCUUCUAAAACAUACAGGGAAUUAGAACAAAGGAGAAUACCCAUCCAUUCCCCCUGGGAUGGAUUUUUAAUUCUCCUGGUGUUCCUUGCUUUGGGUUGUGGUACGUUUUCAGAAGUCCUCACCAUGUACAGAAGAAUCUGCACUUCUUAUGACUUUAAAAGAAUCAGUAGGCAAGCAAGGUAUUUGGAUCUCAUAGUUACUGGGCCUGUAUCUUGUUGAUGCCUCUGGACUUACUAUGCUAGCUCUUAUUUCUUACAGUAGCCCAGGAAGAACAUUCUUGAAGCAGAGUAUUCUUGGACUCUGAUUUGUAAAACUUCCCCUUAUGGGACUUGGUGAAAUAGAACAUAAAGCUACUGCUGGCAGUUUGGAAGGGACUUGUUAGGAAGCUCAGAACUCCUGUCCAUUUCACAUUAGCCAAAGUACUUUAGAGAGAGACUUGCAGGAAUUCAGGUUUGGUGUCUCUAUUUUUACUUGGUUUGUAAACUCUUAGUACUUUGUCAAGGAUAGCAGGAAUCUGAUGAGAUGCUUCCUUUUGCCCAUCCUUUCUUUGGCCAGAAUAGGAUAUGGAACUGGUGAUGGACCUAAAAGUGCCAGGGCUGUCUUUGGAGUAGUUGUACUAUCUCAAGGGUCUCAGCUUUCCAAAGCACACCCAGCACUAAAACGAAAGCAGAACACUUCAAAAGGUGUGGGAGGAGGAUGUGCACUGAUACGAGCCAGCAACGAAUGCAAAACCUUUUUCCCUGAACUUCCAGUUUUUCAGCAGUGAGGGACAAGAGCAGUUUCCUUUGAGAAAUCCUGUCCCUUCAGCUGCUUGGCUGUGGCACAGUGCUGCAGAUCCCUCAGCAGGGUCCUGGAAGAGCACUCUGUCUCCUUGGCCAUGAGGAAAAACGUGCUCUGAUGGUUUCUGCAGUGGAGAAAGUCCACAUUUCCUGUUGCUUGCUUCUUGACUUUUAAGGGGUGUUAAUGAUAAACUCUAAGUCCAUGAGCUUUUUUAGCCAUACUCUGGAGUGAUACUCCAGCGAAGUUAAGAGCAGCUUUUAUUCUGCCAUGCUGGACAAGGUGGGAUUCUUUAAAUGUGGUCUUCGUGUAUGACCAACAGCACAUAACACAAGAGGGGUUUUGGAUUACCACAGGCAGUGAACCAAGCCUGAUGCUGUAUUCCUGAUGCUCCUUUUUGUUUUCUCUUGUGCUGUGAAUCACUGGAAAUGAUGGAACAAGGUUCUGUUGAUUUGGAAUUAAAUGAGAAAUGAAUAACUGAAUCACUGCACUCCUGAAAACUUACUUUGGUUAGCUUUGGAUAUCUUGGAUAUAUGGAAAUGGGGAUGAUUAACAUUAGAAACAUUAGCUACAACAUGAUAAAUAAUGAAUGGUUCAAAAGCCUCUUCAGCACAAGUGAAGUGUUAUUACUCUGCUAGUAACUAUGUAAGCUGUCCUGGUUUUAAACAAGAUAUAGAUUCAAGCAUAUAUUUUAAUUAUACUCCUGUUAGUCUAGAAAAAAACCCUAAUCCUGCUAUUAAUGAAGCCAUGAGAUUUAUAAUGAUUUGCAUAUUAACAUACAAGCUAGAGUAAAUGGAGAAAUGCUUGCCCACAAAAUACAGUGAUCUGUUUAAAUUUAAUCUUUUCUUCAAUGAAACACAACAGUGAUGUACUGCAGUAUAGAAAAAUAAAUGCUUAUGCAAUUAUAGACCUGUUGAUUGUACUGAUAUAUCAGCUAUGUACUUCAUAUAUACACAUAUACUUCAGUAAGUAUACUAUAUGUUAGUUCACGUAGAUGUGUCAGCUAGACAUCCUUAUGAGGGCCACAGACAGAGUUUAUGACAUCUGUUCUAUGACUGUGCCUGUAACUGUUGUAGAAGCUGUUGAUCUUUUUAGCUCUAACGUGAAUUAAUAGUUGUACUCUGAAUUCAAUAAAUACUCAUAGUAAACCCUAA